AUGCUUUACUCCACUGCCCUCGUGCUGAGCACGCUCGCUGUCGGCCAGGCCGCCGCUGCCCACCACCACAACCGCCACGCCAGCUUCCACGCCAGGCGCCAGGCUGAUGCCAAGCGCUCUCCUGGUAACGACAUCAACUGGAAGGCCGUCGCCUACGACCUGAACGACGUCGACUGGGACAAGGUGAACUGGAGCUCCGUCUUCACUUCUCCCACCCCUACUCCUACCGCUCAGCAGGCCCAGCCCACUUCUACUGUCGCCGCUUCUUCCGUUGUCGAGCAGACGACUUCCGCACAGGCAGCCCCGACCAGCUCUGCUGCCGUCGUCGAGGUCCAGGAGGCCAAGACAUCCGCUGCCCCCUCUUCCACCGUCGUCACCUCGUCGGCUGCUGCCGCGAGCUCGUCGGCUCCUGCCGCCACCUCUUCCUCGUCGAGCGACCUUGGCGAUCUCAUCGGCGACGUUGUCUCGGAUCUCCUUGAGGGCGUUGAGGACCUGUGCAAGACUCUCGGCAUCGUCUCCACUGGCAAGAACGACAAGAGCAACAACGGUGCCAUUUGGGUUGGUGAUGACGGCGACUGGAAGGCCGAGUUCACCAACGACGCCGAUGAGGAUGCCGUCAUCUUCUGCUGGAAGGCCGAUGGCUUCUCGGGCAUGUCCCUGAACGUCAACCAGCCUGAGGUGUCCGUCGGUCUCAAGGCCGGACAGAAGACCGUUGUCUCUUUCGCCGCCGACGUCCCUUCGGCUUGCGCUCCUGCCUUCAAGGACACCAAGCUCGCCAACUUUGGCGGCCUCGACCAGACCUGGUGGGAGGUUACCUUCGGUCAGUACGGUGCUUUUGACGUCUCUCGCAACGUCAACAUGAAGGGCCGCACCAUCAACUCCAAGGGCUCCAAGUGCGAGUCGACCAUGAGCAAGUGUGUCUUCAAGUGCAAGGACGACUCAGUCUCCUCUUGUGAGAAGGGCAGCGACUACGACCUCUUUAACUGCGACUCCAGCUCCGGUGGUGGCGGUGGCUACGAUCCCAUCAUGGCCGGUACCGGCGGUGGUUGCUCCAUGGCCUCCUCCGGCGAGACCAUCCAGGUUUCCUUCUCUUAA